AUGAAGCGGGACAUUGUUCUUUUUUUAUUUUUCCUCGUCAACGUAGGUGUCCUGUUGGGACCAGUGAACAGUGCGUAUCGCCUAAAGAAGGGUGGCACUAAUGUGGAGGGUGAACAGACCGCGGGAAAGAACGCAGUCUGCCCCAUGGUAAGUGAGAAAAAGGGGAAGAGCGACCAAAAGGGAAAUAUUACGGGGAAUAAAACGAUAGAGGGGGAUGUGGAUGACAAUGAAUGGGGAGACGACUUAGAAGGGGGGGAGGAAAUGACAGAUGAUACAUCUGUGGAAGUGGCAGCCGGGGAGGAAGCAACCGUGCAGGAGGCAGCCGAUAUGGAGGCAGUCGACAGGGAAGCGGCAGAGUUAGAAGAAAAGCAAUACAACGAAAUGAAGCAGAUAAAGGGGAAAGCAACCCAGGGGAGUACGCAAACUUCAGGGGCGUGCCCCAUGAAGAAGGCAGCAAAAGGGAGAAAAAAAAACAAUGUGGUAAACGCGCUGAAGGAGAUAGAAAGUCACGAUAACAGCACAGGUGAAAAAGGAACAAACGAAGAUAACGAAUCCUUGUACGAGGAGAAAAAACAGAAAAUACUAAUGAUCCAUGUUUUGAAAAGCAUUAAAGAACACCUGGAUAGACAGAAGAAAAAUUUCAACAGCUUUUUGUCUUUCCUGAGUGAGUCUUAUGCAAGCUACGAAAAGUUUCAUGUGCUCAAGAACGUGAGUGGUGUGCAUAGUGGGGUGGGUGAAGAGAUGGCUGUUACGUCACAGUCGUUUUUGAGUUUGCAGGAGGAAAGCGCGCCCAAGUGCGCUCAGCAGAAGGGUCAGGGCGGUUUGCUUCGAAGCGGCACCAAGGCGGCUGUCACAAGCAAGAACAGCGGUUGCAACAGUUGCAGCGGUAGUAGUAGUAGUAGCGGAGGAGGAAUGAAUGAGGUGAGCGACGAAGAGGCGCAGGAUGACGAACCGGAGGAUGAAGAAGGGGAAACACCACAAAAUGGUGAUGGACCACAAAGUGGUGAUGUACCACAAAGUGGGGACAUUUCAGGAGGAGAAAAUGUAGACGGUGGAGGAAGCCCCGACGAUAAUACGACCACCAUCGAUGAACAGGAUAAUGACGAAAAGAAACCCUCGGAAAAAAUGAAUAAAAUAAAAAGCGUCCUGUAUGAUAUGUUGAAGUCCAAGGAGCUGUCCUCCAAACAGAAGGAGUACUUGCGGGUGAUCCUACAAAUACUAACCUUAGAGGACGACCUGCUACAAAAGGAAAAAAUGCAGGUGGAGGUGAACAAGAAAAUUAUUGACGUCCUGUUGGGUAAGUCUAAUGAACUGAGAAAUAUAGCAGUGCAUCUGAGUAAAGGAGAAGGAGCAGGAGAAGCAGAAGGAAACCAACGAGUCGACUUGGCACAAAACAUUGUAUCGAAUUUGUUAAACUUUUCGGUUGAAUUAAAAAACACUGGAAAUAUAGUGUAUAAUAACAUACAGGGACAAGGAGACCUCCUGCAGAGCAUCGAAAAAAAUAUAAACAAGGCAGAGGACCAGUUGAAAAACGUGCGUGUGCAUACAGAAUACAAGGGGGCGAAGAAGGAACAACCCACUGUCGACCCGAGCAGUAACGAUGUGGUAGGAAACAACAACGAAGGUGCUACUAGCCAGACGGAGGUUAGUGAGUCUGAGUUCCUUCAGUACUGCGAUGCUGAUGGGGCAGACGCCAAUUCCACUUGUCCAUUUAAACCUGUCUCAUCCUCCAAGAAGGGGUCAUCCACGGCAAACGGCAGCACCGCUGGGGUUACUGAAAAAAACGCAGCGACAAAGGGAACGCAGAACAAAUUCACCCUGGAUGAAACUCUGAAAAAUCACUUCUUUAACAACUUUGCAAAGGACUCCAUGACGCUAAAGAAGCUCUACCGCCUGCUCUACGAUAUGUUCUAG